UUAGGCUAUCAGUCGACCGACAAUGCAUUUGACCAAGCCAACACUGCUCCUGCUCGCCCUGACCAUCAGCGCCGGCUGUGUGUCGUCCACGCCGCAUCCGGGUCUGCUGGAGGGGCUCUGGGAUGAGCUCGGAAAGACCGGCCAGACCAUCGUCAGUGGCCUCGUUGAGGCCACAAAGAAUGGAUCGGCUAUUGCGGAGGACCUCGCUGGCAGCCUGAAGAACUCCACCAGUAAGUUUGUCGAGCAGACCGCCCAGUUUGCUGACCAGAUAGCCAGUGCCCUGCACGCCGCCGUGUCGCAGGCUCUGCAGGACUUCUCCGCCGCACUGCGGGCUAAUAUUGCGGAUCUGAAGGAUGCCAUCGCCCGGGUCUCCAGUCGAGUUAAGCGUCAGGCCCUGCAAGAUGCCCUCGCCGGACUGCAGGGUAUCAAUGCUUCCGUUAGCGAUCUGGAGAUUGCCCUGCAGAACAUCACCGAUCAGCUGGAGCAGAAGAAGGAACAAUAUGGCGCCGAGAUCCAGCAGACGUGGAACAACUGGGGCGCUGCUCAAUUGGAGCGCGUCGACCAGGAGACCAAUGGCGUAGGCGUCGAGGAGGCCCAAGAGAUUCUGGACGAGCUAGAGAACCGGUAUGCCGGCUAUCUGCACAGCUGCCUGGAGGAGCAGCAGGUGCGCCUGGCCACGUACGAGCAGGAGGUCCACACGACCGUUGCCCGUUACCAGAAUGCCACCAACGAUCUGAUCGCCCAAAUCGAAAUCUGCCAGCAGUCCAACUCCGGACCCAUCUCCUGUCGCAUCGCCAUCAAGAAGGCCCUGAAGGCAAUCCAGUCGGCACCCAGGGAUCUGCUAAACCUGAGGCUCAAGGGGCUUAAACUGCUGGCCGUUAACCUCGACGCAGCCGGAUGUGUGGGACAAACUCUGGCGGAGCACGCCCUGGAGCGUCCAAGCGUGGAGCGCCAGUUGGAUGAAAUCAUUAAGCGGUACCAGGAGCAGGGUGCUUCCAGCUCAUCCGAGAAUGAGGACGACUCGGGCUCAGAUGAGGGGUCAGCUGGUGGUUCGAGCUCUGAGGAGGAAGCGAGCUCUGAGUCCAAGGAGAGCUCAGAGGAGGCGGCCAGUUCUGAGUCCAACGAGAGCUCUGAGGAGGCAAGCUCCAACGAGAACUCUGAGGAGGAGGCCAGCAGUAGUACUUAAUCAGACAAUCACAUAAUCAUAAAACGUUAAUCAAGGUGUGGGGUAUAAGCAGCAAAAUAAAAACUUUUUUCAAUGCAACAAAUUAAAAAAAAUGUCUAAAUAUAA